GUGUUGUUUCGGUCCUGGGACGACAACGGCUUGUAGAAUGUCAGUCGGUCACACAAGCUAGCCAGUUAGUAAGCUAGACAAUUUGUACCAAUAUUCUGACCAUUUCCCUCAACGGUGUAACCUUACAGGAGAAGCAGACACCAUGGCCACAGCACAAUCGGCAGUGAUGUUUGCAGUAUGCAUCUUAAUGAUAACAGAGCUUAUCCUGGCCAGAAAAGACUACUAUGACAUUCUUGGUGUGCCUAAAGAUGCUACUGAACGCCAGAUAAAAAAGGCAUUUCACAGGUUGGCUAUGAAGCUCCACCCUGACAAGAAUAAAAGCCCUGAUGCUGAAACAAAGUUCAGGGAAAUCGCUGAGGCCUAUGAAACACUGUCUGAUGAGAAGAGGAGGCAGGAGUAUGACCAGAUGGGGCACAGUGCUUUCUUCAGGGAAGCUACAGGAGGGGGGCAAAACUUCCAUCGCACAUUUGACUUUGACGACAUGUUCCGGGACUUUGACCUGUAUGCCCAAAACCGGCAUGCCCACCACAGGCGGCACUUUGAGGACCACCUGCGCGCCCACCAGCAGGCGCACCAGCAGGCGCAGGGCCAAGGGCGCCACAAGCGCCACUUCCAGGGAGGCUUCGGGGCCGGCCUCUUUGAUGACAUGUUCGAUGACAUGGAGAAGAUGUUCACCUUUGACAGACAGUCCAAGCGGACUGAGAGCCAGUUCCAGGGCACAACCAAACAACAGUGUAGGACAGUGACGCAACGCCGAGGAAAUAUGGUGACCACAUACACAGACUGCAGUGGGUCCUGAUGGAAUGGGAGCAAACACCUGCUUUCCUGGAGUUAAACUCUUUGUGGGGGAGGUCUUUGGAGGUUCUUUAGCUUUGCUGCUGUGAAAGAGAGUGAACUUAAUAGUUCUUUGUAGUAGAAGUAUAAGCUGCCUAACAAGGUUGGAGGAGAACUUGGUCAUGGUGCAUUUAUGGUAGUCAUGUUUUUGUCUGGAACUUAGCUGGACAGAUAAUGUAGGGUUCUGCAAGUUCUUUCGACCCUUUAUACAGGGGACUGCACAGAUGGUCAGAGAAAAGAACAUUUGUUUACAAUGUGUCUCAAAAUAUAGGGACAGUAUGAGAUGACACUCCUGUUUGUCCUGUAUCACCUGUUUGUCAAGAGAGAGAGUUCCAGACCUAAGCACACUUCACUGACAACACUGGUCUGGCGUCUCGGUAAACCAGUCACAACCUAGUGAACCUCAAUUUUGACCCAACCUAGCUGAAUCUUACAAUGGUAUUGUUCCUUCUGUAGCUCAGAAGGAAAUCUUGGAAAUCUCAAAUUAGACCAAAACUUUAGUGUCACCUACAUGGUGUUGUGAAAUGAAUGUCUUGCCAGCUAUUUAUACAUUAUUUUCAAUUUCCAAAAUAAUUGAACUGACUUUUUUUAUAUAAUUUACUGACCGACGUUUGAGUUGUUCCAGGAUCACACGCACAUAUUUUACGAAGUGGAGCAGUUAUAUUUCAUUUGUUAUAUAUGUUACUGUAUGCCUUUUCAAUUUUCUCCUUCUUGAUUAAAAGGACAAGCCAGUAUUUUGGGAAAAUGAGCUUAUUUGGCAUCUAGCCCAGAGUUGGACAAGAGGAUACCAGUCUGACACCCCACCAUUAGCCUAGCUUAGCAUAAUAUACUGGAAGUGGGUCUAUAAGUCCCAAAAGUGACAUAGUAGGCUUCCUUACAACUCCAAAAUGUUUUUAUUUAUGUUUUGCAACUUGUGUAUUUACCACAUGCAGAAAUACAAAUGUAAAAUGAGACGCAGCAAUUAUCUGAGCAGAUCCAGCCUCAGAAGUACAUUAUUACUUCACUGACUGCUCAAACUCUGUGCGCACGUUACUUGGGAAACAGUGCUGCAACAUGCCAACACUGCACCCAGGUAGCAGUGCUUUGCCAACAUGAGUCUUUGUCUGAUUAGAAAAUUGCAUGUCUCAUUUUACAUAGGUAUUUCUACAUGUGGUGAAUAUACAAGUUGCAACAUGUAAAAAACAGGAUUUUGUAGUUGUUAGGAAGUCUAUUUUGUCACUUUUAGGAGCUGUAUGCUAGCCGUUGUAACCCACUUCCAGUAGAUUCUGCUAGAUAGGUUAAUGGUGGAGAUGUCAGACUGGGUUCUUGCACACAAAGAGAAGAGAAGGGUCUGUAUUAUAUCCUAAAACUCAGGGGUAGAUGGCAAAUGAGAUCUUUUCUCAAAAUGUUGUCGUGUUUCUUUAAUUGAGGUCUGAGGAUUUGAAGGAGCAGGAGUGUUUUGUACCAAAUUGCUGCUCUGGUUUGCUCUGAAUACUGCUCUGGUCAUUUAGAAUAAUACUUUUAUGUUUCAUUGGUUAUACAUGUAUUCUGUGUUAGAGGUGCCUUUUCCUGCUAAAUUAACUUCAUUUGAAGGUGUGUUACACAGUUCCUCAGAAGUUCACAAUACUCUGCAGUGUGAUGGUGAACACGCCUCAUUGCGUAGCCAUUUGCUUCUGUAGAUUUCAAAAAGUACUUUUUACUUUUCUUAUUUUGUGAUUUCUGUACAUCUUGCUUUAAAAUUAUCUGCUUUGUGCACCAUAUUGAUAAUAAGAGCUUUCAAUUUCCUGUCUUUUAUUUUCCUUGUUAACUGUAUUAUUUUCACACAUAGACACACCUCCAUAGGCUGUGUUUUGUUGUGUUUGUUGCAGGUCACAUUCUGGAUUCUUUUGAAAUGAGAUGUACUGUAAACCCACAGUAAUGCAGAAUGUAAUCCAUGUGAAAUAUCCCCAAGUUGCUCCUUAUUCAUGAUUGGGUGAAUAGGGCCCACAUUGGCCACAUGUGAAUGGGUUGUAUACUUUAUUCCUUGACAUAUCACCAGUUACCUCAUUGUUUUGUGUUAUUUGUGAAUGUGCAAUAUUUAAGUGCCAGCUCCCCUAUUCCUCUUGUUGAUACAGUACCACUGUUACUUGCUGGCCUUGUCUUUGUGAGGAGUUGAAUUUCACUUGACCUAUCUAGCACUUUCAGUAUAUUAAUCCUGUGGAUGACUUGUUUGUAAAGUAGAAAAGCAGAUUGGAGCAUAUGUAUAGUUUGGGAGUGGAAGAGAAAUAAAAGCCCAGUAUUUGA